AUGGUGGUUCCGGGAAACAGAUCGGUUAUCUCGCCGGGAAAUUUCACGGCGACUCCGAGAAGAAGAAGCCCUUUAGAUAUGAAAUUCCCGUCGCGUGGAAACUUCAAUAACGGUGGAAUUGGGUUAGGUAUCGUCGCUGCGCUUGAGAAAUCCACCAUCAGGAUCAAUCAGCAUGAGAUUUCGUCCCCGGUUUGUUCCGGUUCGAAUAGAACCGAUCCGGUUCACUCUAACCGGAGAUUCCGAUUUUCUCCGGUGGUGGAGAUUGAUGAUCUCUCUGAGGAAUACACUUGCGUCACGAAUCGCGAUGGCAUGAACAAAGUGUAUUACAACGAGGACGAAUUCGAAUUUCGUAAGAAUUUAUCGGUCGGUGAUCGUCCAUCGGAUAAACCGAUCGAGGAAUCACCGGCGAAGAAGAAGGAGGUAUUCAGAGAUUCUCUGAGCUCGUGUUGCUUGUGUGAGAAGAAACUUAAAGGCAAAGACAUUUACAUGUACAAAGGAGAUAAAGGAUUUUGUAGUGAAGAGUGUAGAUCGGUGAGAAUAAUGGAGGAUAAUCUAAAAGUGCAACGUAAAUCGACAAGUGUUGAGGUUUUGAGCUCUCCGUACACCGGAGGACAAAUUUCUUCCGCCGGAAUAUUCGUAAUAUGCUAA